AUGCCAUUCUCGAAGUUCAAGACCUCUGAAAAAUACAGAUAUAACACUGGUUUCGGAUCCUAUCAAGAGUCUGAAGCCAUCGAGGGUGCUCUGCCUAUUGGGCAAAAUACACCCCAACGUCCGGCAUUUGGCCUGUACACCGAAAAGAUAUCUGGCAGUGCUUUCCAAGCGGCGCGGCCGGAAAAUCAGCAGACCUGGCUGUAUCGCAUUGUCCCCGCGGCGGCUCAUGAGCCAUUCGAGCCUGAGCGCCUGCUGGAUGGCGAGGUGGCUACCAACUACAAUGCGUAUCAGAAUCUAGUGCAUGUGCCGACUCAGGUCCGUUGGGAUCCGUUUGACAUGGACGAGAAAGCAGACUGGGUGCAUUCCAUGCGCCUGCUUUGUGCCGCCGGAGACGUGUCGGCCAAAUCUGGCAUGGGCUACUUCAUUUUCACGGCUGGACAGUCCAUGGAUCUCAAGACUGCAUUCUCGUCGGCAGAUGGCGAGCUGCUGAUCAUCUUGCAGACGGGCGUCCUCGAUAUCAAGACCGAGUUGGGCCAUCUGUUGGUGCGACCGCUGGAGAUUUGUGUUAUUCCACGCGGCAUCAAAUACCACGUCUCCCUGCCUGAAGGGCCUGUCCGGGGCUAUGCGCUCGAACUACAUCAGGGGGUGUUCACUCUGCCAAACCUCGGCCCUCUGGGAUCCUUUGGCUGCGCCAAUGCAAGAGACUUUCAGAUCCCAGUUGCUUCAUAUAAGGACGACACAGACACCGAGUACCGAGUGAUAGCCAAAUUCAACGGACAACUCUUCGAGGCCAAGCAGGACCACUCACCCUUCGAUGUUGUCGCCUGGCACGGGACGUACUUCCCAUACAAGUACGACCUUGGUCGCUUCAUGACCGUCGGGAGUAUCUCCUAUGACCAUCCGGACCCGUCGAUUUUCACCCUGCUGGCUUCGUCCGAAGGGGUGGUGGAACUCGCCAUUUUCCCGCCGCGCUGGCUCGUCAUGGAAAACACAUUUCGCCCCCCUUGGUACCACCGCAACACGAUGGCUGAAUUCAUGGGUCUCAUUCAAGGCGAAUACGACGCCAGGACCGACGGCGGGUUUCGGCCCGGAGGAGCCAGUCUGCACAACGUGAUGGUCGGCCAUGGCCCGGACAGCGAAACGCACGCACGUGCGUCUGACAUGGAAUUGGUUCCGCAGAAAGUCGGCGAGGGCAGCAUGGCCUUUGUGCUGGAGUCGAAUAUGAUCCUAGGCUUGAGUGACUGGGCCUGGUCGCAGUCGACCAAGAGACAAAUGAACUACAACGCCCGCACGUGGCUCGGACUCAGGAAGCAUUUCCAGAAACCCAAGGGUGCGAAGGAGAACUCACCCUUCCUCGCCCCGAGGUCUAUAUCGCAUGGCAAUGGAAGCGAGGCAAGAGUUAACGGUCAUUGA